CAAACGACCUCAGUCCAGUCCACCGGUCGCCCCAACCUCCUCCCCCCGCCGGCGGCCACGGCAGCGACGGCGAGGAAGCCGGCAUGAGCGUGUUCGGCGGCGACAGCUGGGCGCGUGAUGCGCAGCAGCGGAAGCGCCGCCUCGACGACCUCUUGUCUCCCUCGACGCCCGAAUCCUUCAGGAGGCUCCCCAAUGGCAAGCUCGCCUGCCUCGUCUGCCCCCACCGCCCCGUCCUCGACUCCCCUCUCAUGCUCUCCAUGCAUAAUAAAGGUGCACGGCACAUCGCGGCAGAAUCUAGGCUGAGGGAGAAAGAACUAUCUAAGAAGCACGAAAUGAACAAGAGACUGGCUCUCUCAUCAGAUGCUUCCCAUUCAAAUUCUGCUAAUCCACACUCCAGUAGUAAGCUUACCAAUAUGAAAGAAAAGCCAUUAAUUGAGCAGACACGGAGGGCAAUCCUGGAAGCACAAUCAAGCAGGUUCCAUGAUUUCAAUGGCAAGAAGGUAUCUCAUGAUUUGAAGUGGAUGGCAAAUACUUCAUCCUCUGAUCCCCAUGCUGCUCCUUCUGAUGUUACAAUGGAAAAGUUGACUGGAAAUACUGGAUCAAUACAGUGUAACAGCAGUAAAGGAGAAUCUUUUGCCGGAAAUCAGAUUCAAGGCAAGUUACUUUCAGAUUGGCAAACAGAAGCCCAAAAACGCCAGGAGCAAGAACUUCGGUUCACGGCUUCAGGCUGGAAACGGGAUGGCCAUGGAAGAUGGUACAGAGAUGAAAAUGUUGAAUUUGACUCGGAUGAAGAUGAUCCUAACAUCUGUCUCCGCUGAUCAUUUAAGAAGGCAUUCUGAAUUGAUCAAUCUAAUGGCUCAACUGGGAACAUCGAAUUCAUCACAAUGAGGCCCCUCCAAAAAUGGUAGAAUUGAUUGUCAGUCUGUCAAGUUUUCUGGUAAAUGGUGAUGACACAUUAUGUCCCUGUUGAACUGAUAUUUGUUUCAUUAUGAACCAAACCUGUAUAAUGAUACGUGAGAAAAAGUGUGUAUUUAUGUUGUUACUAAUUACUUGGAGAUCAGAGAAUUUUUUAAGAUGUACAUGCCUGGACCUGCUAUUGGCACUGUAAAGAUAGGUGAGACAUUUUUGUUUUGGAGCUUAUUUUCAGACUUCCCUUU